CGCUUGAGUGAAUACACCCGCAGCACAGUUUAUUUAAUAGAGUUGCUCGGAUGGAGGGGGCUAUUGAUUUUGAAAUAGGGGGAAAGUGAGUGAAAGAGGUAUUAGUUUAAAGUUGGGAUGUUGGGGGAGGAUAUUGAAUCCUUUAGGCGAGGAUCAGUUUGUUUUUUGAUUUUUACAUCGGUGAAUGACAGAGUUGGAGCUCACUAUAAGUAGGAUAUCCCUUUGAGGUUGAUGAUAUUGUUUCUUAUAAUGAGGGGUACUUAAAAGGAGGUGGGGAGCUUAGGCAACCUCAUCGUCCAGAACCUCAUUCUAAUAUACCUUCUUGGAGCUAAAAAGUUGUUUCUUAUAAUGGAGGGUAUUUUGAAUGGGAGGGGUGGGGUAGACGUAUCCACCCAUUGGCGAACUUUUUUGGGGGUGCCCUAUGGUAAGGGUCUGACUUUAUUUACCUUUACUCAACGAACUCACGAUCUCCCUCCCCCACCCUCUCCUCCUAAAUAA